UAGUGCCGACUAACCAGCGGGCUUGUUGUCCCCAAGAUCCCUGAGCUUCCUCGGAGGGCGCCAUGACCAGGUGGGCGCGGGCCACCACCACGCGCAGCAAGAGGCCCCUGCCGGCCACGUCCUGGGAGGACCUGAGGAAGGGGUCUUCCGAGGGCGUGGGUCAAAGCGGGCCCAAGCACACAGAACCCGGGGCCGGUCGGCUGCCUCUGAGAAACGACACGCCGCAAGGAAAACGCAAGAACAAAAAGAAAAAGGAGUACCUGAACGAGGAUGUGAACGGGUUCAUGGAGUACCUGCGGCAGAACCCGCAGGCCGGGCAGCCCGGGCAGGUGUUGGCCGCGGACAGCGACCGAGUCAGGGAGGAGAUUGCUGUGGCCUUGAAGAAAGACAGCCGCCGCGAGGGGAGACGCUUACGAAGACAGGCGGCCAAGAAAAACGCCAUGGUGUGUUUCCACUGCCGGCAACCUGGCCACGGGGUCGCAGACUGUCCGGCCGCCCUGGAAAGCCAGGACAUGGGCACUGGGAUCUGUUACCGGUGCGGGUCCACGGAGCACGACAUCACCAAGUGCAAGGCCAAAGUAGACCCAGCUCUGGGAGAAUUCCCUUUUGCCAAGUGUUUUGUGUGUGGGGAGAUGGGACACCUGUCGAGGUCGUGUCCUGACAACCCCAAAGGACUCUACGCUGAUGGUGGCGGCUGCAAGCUCUGUGGCUCUGUGGAGCACCUGAAGAAGGACUGCCCGGAAGCUGAGCCCUCAGAGCGCUUGGUCACCGUUGGACGCUGGGCAAAGGGGAUGAGCGCCGACCAUGAAGACAUUCUGGACUUGCCUAAGCCGCAGAAACCCAAAACAAAGACCCCCAAAGUUGUUCAUUUCUAGUAGCAAGUAGGACUGUCCCUGUUAACUGGGCUGAGCAGAGCCUCUGUCAGCCAUGUCAGUGACCCGGGAGGGCUCAGGACAGCAGCCUGCGUUCUGCCCAUCCGGGGUCUGUUUCACCACUGCAGGCUGGAGACGUCCCUAAGGCUGGGGGCGCUGGAACCACGCUGCCACCAGGUGGGACAGACCUGGUGACAGGCGCCCCUCAGUACAUCACGUGUCCACGGGCUGCCCCUCGCCAUGGGCACCUGCGCUUGUCGGUGAGUUCUGGGACAUUGUUUUCUUGACUCACCAUCAGUUAUUAUACGAGAAACUUACUUAUGUAAGUUGCAGAAUAAUGUAUUUUUAAACUAUUGAGAAAAAGUGCAUUUUCUACUUGCUUA